AUGGACACAGACACAGGCAUGCACCAAAACCAACACAACAACCAACAGUUCAAAAUCCAGCACAACAACAACAACAACCAACACAACAACCAACAGUUCAAAACCCUGCACAACAACCACCUCCACAACCAGCACAGCAACCAACAGUUCAAAACCCAGCACAACAACAACCACAACCAGAGCAAGGACAUAAAAGAAGUAGAGAACAAGGAAACCAAGAAUUCUUAA